CACGUAUGUAAUAUGCUUUGUGAGAACAUUCCUUAGAAAUAUCUCGUCAAAAAUCGUAACUUGGAACUUAUGGCUACGAUCAAAUGACGUAAUGGAAGAACUUACACAACCUAAAAUUUACAGAUUGAAUAAAACGCGGAAAGUCUUGUGAUAUAAAAGAAUAGGUCACGUGAGGAGUAAAACUUUGUUCAAAUCUUGUUGGUGACGUAUGUAGCCACAUAACCUUUAUUUAGGACCUGAUCUUAAACAACCAACUUUAUGUCUGAGGAUUUUCAACGAGCGCUGGCGGAGAGGUUCGGACCCAAUCAUACCAGCGUUGUAACACAACCAACGCUGGAUUUGGAGAAGCCUGACCCAUUCAGUCCGCCAGUUUUUAACAGAUCGCAGACACAAGCGAGUCCUAUGAAAUCUAAUAGAACAUCUUUAACACCACAAUUUCAGAAUUUGGGUAAAUCGAAUUAUGUUUCGCCAAAUCGCGGUGAUCAAGCUCUUUAUACGGGUUCGCCGUCAAAAGACAAUGAUCUGAACGAAUUUGAGAAAGCCAUUGGAAGUUCAGAUAAGCUGAAAAGAAGGACUAGCUUAUCCAGAGACGCUCAUACUGCUGGACUUACAGACAAAGGCCCUGCCUUCAAGAAAGCCUCACCAAGUCCAUCGCCUGCCCAACUUGGCAGACCACCACCAUUCAAUUUAAAAGCUCCUCCGAUGCCCCGCCAGGCUACCUUUUCAGCACCAUCGACUAGUCAAGGCACCGUCGACAUACGUCACGCUGAACUCCACAAGCUAAUAGAGGCGAUUAGGCAAGAUCCGGAGAUUGUCAAAAAAGAAAUAUUAGUUAUAGACCUUAGAUCAUAUGGAUCUUACUGCCAAACACGUGUUCCAGGAGCUGUUAGCGUUUGCUUACCUUCUACCUUACUCAGAAGACCUGUGUUCACUUUAGACAAAAUUAUCAACAUGAUUUCAGAUCCUAGCGAUAAAGCCAAAUUGGAGGGCUACGAACGGGCAAAGACUAUCGUUGCUUAUGAUAAUGACACGAGCUACGUCGGUGAAGGUAUAUCAGGUAAUUCGGCAGCUCUGCUUGGUGUUUUCAAGAAAUUCAGAGAUGCAGGAGCAACAGCUAGUCUUGAGUAUAUCCAAGGCGGUUUUGUGGCAUACAGUCGUGCAGAAGGUGCUCCAAUUGAAGAUACUCCAAAGUCGACUGGAAAUGGUCCAUCAGAUGGCAAAACUGAAAAUACUUUCGUUCAACCUCGCCAUCUCCCAAUUACUGCCUUUCAGGGUAUCUCCACAACCACAAAUAAGAGCAGUCCACGGCACGGUCAGAUCAACACAAGCAAAUUUGCAGCCAACCCAUUCUUCGACAGUGUCAGGCAGAAUAGAGAACUUGCUAAUGGGAUGUCUCAAGAGCGUAUCCCUAUGAAUAUCUCAGACGACGUGAAGACUAAUUCUUACAAGUUGCCCCAAUUCCUUAAAAGGAUUGUCGACAUGUCUGAAAAAGAUGCUAGCGAUGAGCUUGCACAUCAAUUCUAUAGACUAGAAGUAUCAGAACAAAAGAGAAUGAUGGAGGUUUUUGAAUGGCUUUCUAAUAACUCACAAACACUUGAUAAUAAAGGCAACCAGUCCGCUUCACUUGGAAGUAAAGAGCGCGAUAAUACUUUCGUUCAUGGCAAAGAGAGGAAGAUUGAUAGAUACAGUAUUGGUGCGGGAGUUGAACUCGGUCAUAAGAACAGGUAUAGGAAUAUCUAUCCCUUUGAACAUACACGCGUAAAGCUUAAGUCUCCUGAGAUUGAUGGAAAUGAUUAUGUUAAUGCUAGUCACGUGCUUCCUGGUAUAGGCUAUUAUGGAAAUGACGGUCUUGCACCAACUCCACUUUACGCUAAUCCAGCUCCACCAGCCGCUGCUGGGAAGAGCGAUAUCUCAAACAAAACUAGAAACGCUCGUAAAGAUCUAAUGCAUCAUACGAAACGCUAUAUUGCUACACAAGGACCUAUGGAAUCCACACUUAAUGAUUUCUGGCAAGUAUGUUGGGAGCAGGAUGUGAAUAUAAUUAUAAUGCUUACAAAGCAACGCGAAGGUGGAUUAGACAAAUGUUGUCGUUACUGGUCAGAUAGAAAAGUCGGUGAUAUUGAAAUCAGCUUGAUUAAGAUGGAAGGGGAUGAAGGAGAUGAAAAGGUCAAAGGACCUUCCAAAAACUCCUACGUCGGUGAAGACAGUUCAACUGAAACAGCGAGUAAAGAAAAGUUUGAAACGUCGUUCGUAAGACGUGACCUGCGAUUAAGGAAUCUUAAACUCAAUCAAGAAAAAACUAUUUCUCAAUUCCAAUAUCUCGGAUGGCCAGAUUUUGACAUACCUUCGCAACCUGAUGCUUUAUUACCUUUAAUAUCGACCGUUAAUAAGCUCUACGAUUGGAAUAGGGGGCCUAUAGUAGUACAUUGCAGUGCGGGUGUAGGUCGUACAGGAUCUUACGUAGCUUUGGACACCAUGCUUGACCUCUUACGAGAGGAAAGAAGGAAACCGAAAUCAGGUGACAGUGAAUCGGAUGAAAUGCAAGUGGAUACUACUAUGCGGUCAGAUAUGACAGAAACUGAUCCAGGCAUGCGCAAGGAUACUAAGGAUAGCGUGACUAUGGAUGAGCACGAUGAUGUCAAUAUGGAAGUUGAGAGGCAGACGACUAGCAAAGAUAUUGGACAGAAGGAUGACUUCCCAUUUGGACCACCAUCACCACCGGAGAACCUCCGGAGGAAGCUUUCGAGCAUGUCAUCACAAGCGUCUGGAAUAAGUGAUGGUGAAGACGUCGGACAGAAGCUAAAAUGGUCAAAUUUGGAAGGCAAGCGAGAGGAGCAUAACAACUGUCAGAUAGUCGAAGGAUUACACGAACCUGUGUGUGAUGUAAUCGAAGACCUGCGCGAACAAAGGAUGUCUAUGGUUUCGACACUACGUCAAUACGUCUACGUCCACUCAGCGGUGAUAGCCGGUGUGAUGAAUGAGAUUGAGAAUGAGAAAUAAUAAGUGUAAUAAUGUAUUUUAGUAAAUUAAGAUUUUAUUUUACCUUCUUUG